CAAAAAUGUGGUUUUUCUGGAAGCUUUUGAGUACUCUACCAGAUCAUGUCACAGGACUACGAGUUAGUGAGAAAGUCAAAUUACACAUGGGGAGAAAAUAAUUUUUCAAAAUGCUGCGUUCAUGACAUUGCAAAGACCGCAUUACCCUCCGAGGCAUCCAGCCCAGCUCAGGCCCUGCCAGCCCCGUACCACAGCAGCGCGUUCCGGCUCGGGGUGCAGAACCCGGGGUUCUCUCCAGACUGCAUUUUGAGGGACCCCCAGAACGGGGAGCAGCUGAGGCGGAACUGCACCAUCUACCGGCCCUGGUUCUCCCCUUACAGCUACUUUGUCUGCACAGACCAGGAGAGCCACCCGGAGGCCUACAGCUUCCUGGAGGUGCAGCGGGACGAGAGCAGGGGGGACAGCUGCCUUCGCGAGGACCUGGCCGAGAGCAUCUGCUCGUCCUCCUCCUCCCCAGAGAACACCUGCGCCCGUGAGGCCAGCAAGAAGUCUAGGCAUGGCCCGGACUCCACGGACUACAUCACGUCCCAGGACAUUCUCACGGCCUCCAGGUGGCACCCGGCCCAGCAGAGCGGCUACAAGUGUGCGGCCUGCUGCCGCAUGUACCCCACUCUGCACUCCCUCAAGAGCCACAUCAAGGGGGGCUUCAGGGAAGGCUUCAGCUGCAGGGUGUACUACCGCAAGCUCAAAACCCUCUGGGGCAAGGAGCAGAAGGCCCGGCCCGGGGACCGGCUCUCCUCAGGCAACUGCCAGGCCUUUAAGUAG